UUUCGUUUAAAUAACCCCUAUUUACUGUUUAGGUAAACGAAAAUAAAGAUAAAGAGAACUUAAUAAGUUGUGUGAAUCUAGUAAAAUACAAAUGGAUAACAGUGACACUGAAAAACGACCACAAUUCGGUAACAGAUUUCUGGAAAAUGCUGACGAGGUCUUCAAACAUAAUGCGUGGUACCGUAUUUACUACUUUCGUUAGAUAUUGUAAAAAAACACUACCUGAAGCAAAAUUAAUGAAAUUAGAAAAAACAAGGCACAGGAAAAAGCCUCCUGGUGGUUCCCGAUUCUUAGAAGAUAGUAAACAAGUCUAUCUUUUUAAUGCCUGGGAUAACGUCCAAUGGGAUGAGGAGCAGGAGCAGACAGCUCGGGAGAAGGUAGAACAGAACUCACAGGUGACAUUUUCAGAGGAACGGCUGAAGGAUCUUGAGGAGAAUGCCGAUAAACACUGGGAUGCCUUCUAUGAUAUACACCAAAAUAGAUUUUUCAAAGACCGCCAUUGGUUAUUCACUGAGUUCCCUGAACUGGCUCCAGAUAACACAUCGGCACCAAUUAGAGUGUACCCUGAGAGUGAACCAAAUUCUACACCAAACACUGAACCUUCUCAAACAAGCAAUCAGAAACGAUACAUAUUUGAAAUAGGAUGUGGUGUUGGCAAUACCAUAUUCCCUAUUCUACAAUACAGUACUGACCCUAACCUCUUCAUAUAUGGAUGUGAUUUCUCAACAACAGCUAUAGACAUCAUGAAACAAAAUGAACUCUAUGACACUAACAGAUGUAAUGUAUUUGUCCUUGAUGCCACGGCCCCAGAAUGGGAUGUACCAUUUGAAGAGAAUUCAUUGGAUAUCAUUGUACUGAUAUUUGUUUUAUCAGCCAUUGAUCCUGCAAAGAUGCCGUCGGUCAUCACGAAAAUACACAAAUACUUAAAGCCUGGAGGGCUCGUCGUGUUUAGAGACUACGGGAAGUACGACCUGGCACAACUUCGCUUCAAGAAAGGGCGAUGUAUCUCCGACAACUUCUACGCUAGAGGAGACAACACUAUGGUUUAUUUUUUCACUCAAGAAGAAAUCGCCAACCUUUUCAAGGACGCUGGUUUUGUAGAAGAACAAAAUCUCAUUGACCGGAGACUGCAGGUAAACAGAGGGAAAAUGCUAACCAUGUAUAGAGUUUGGAUUCAAGGGAAAUAUAGAAAACCUUUAUAACAAUAAGUAUAUAUUUCCAUUUUUCAUAAGUGUAAGUGAAAUGCUUCAUUGAUUUAAAUGUUCUGUACAAACAAAUAAAGAUCAAUUUAUACGGUCAAAUCUGAA